AUGUUCCGUUCAACCUUGGUGUCGUUAUUCCUUGUCGCUGCUGCUGCAACGAUGGUUCUGUCCAAUCCUGACACCCAGGUGUCUCUUCAGGGAGGUGAAGAGGCUCACACGUCGCAGAGCUGGGACUACGACGACUGCGGACUCCCAUCGGACAUUAUUCAGUUAGAGUAUAUCAAGAUUAAACCUGACCCACCAAAGCCUGGUGAAGAUCUCACUGUGACCGUGAAAGGUUACGUUCAGGAGACAAUUGAGGAGGGGGCUUACGCGGACGUUACUGUGAAGUUGGGUCUUAUCAAGAUACUACAUAAAUCGUUUGAUCUUUGUGAAGAAGCACGCAAUGCUAACGCGAGCAUCAGCUGCCCUGUCGAGCCUGGUUCCUACACCGUCAAGCAAACGGUGUCAUUACCUAAAGAGAUCCCACCCAGCAAAUUCUCCGUGGAUGUAUUAGGCUACACUGUCGAAGACGAAGACUUGGUCUGUCUUAAGUUGAAGAUUGACUUCAUGAAGCGACCUUUCUUCAAGGUGUGGUGA